UUUAGAUUUUUUGUUCAUACGGUUUCGAAAGUCUGUUGAUUUUUUUUGCGAAAAAAAAAAACAAGAAAGCAGAAUACCUGAGAGAAGUAGAUUCAGACAUGCAACAUCAAGUGCCGAAAAAGGUCACUGUCAUCUAGGUCGUAUUGCACAAUACCGGUUAAUCUCGUCAUAGAACUAAAUCUUAAGAAUGACGGCCAUUCUUGGCGCCGGUCUAAGCGGUCUUUCCGCCGGAUACUACCUUCUGAGGAAAGGCCUUCCAACCCCAACCGUAAUCUACGAGGCCAGCAGCCGCAUCGGCGGUUGGAUCCGCACGGAACGGUUCGAUGGCGAAGGAUACGUGUUCGAGGCCGGUCCGCGAACAAUCCGCCCGAAAGGGCCCGCCGCCAGGAACACGCUGGACCUGAUCGAAGAGGUUGGGCUGGGUGAGCACGUCCAUCCGAUCUUCUCAAAUCACGUGGCCGCUAGGAACCGGAUGAUCUAUGCCAAGGGGCGGCUCAACAUGCUGCCGUCGGAUUUGUCCGGGGUGGUGAAGACGGUGCCCCCGUUUACGAAGCCGUUGUUUUUUGCUGGGUUUAAGGAUUUGUUUGGGGGGAAGUCUAAGGAGAAGCUGGACGACGAAGCGAUGUACAGCUUUGUGGAGCGACGCUUCGGUAAGGAGAUUGCGGAUUACGCGAUCAGUUCGAUGCUGUGUGGAAUCUGUGCGGGGGAUGCCAAGCAGAUUAGUGUCAAGUUUCUGAUGAAGAGCUUGUUUGAGGUUGAGCAGAAGCAUGGAGGAGUUGUGAAAGGAAUGCUGCUGGAAGCGUUGGGGAAGAAGGACAAGGAUAGCUCGAAGCAGGUUCCGCUGGAAGGGCUAGCAAAACGGGCCAAGUCGGAAAAUUGGAGCAUUUACUCGAUUCAGGGAGGGCUGCAGACACUGCCAAACAGGUUGAAAUCGGUACUCGACGAAGGACAGGUGGACGUUCGGACCGAUGUCAAGUGCGAGGAGAUCGAGUUCAAAGGGAACAAGGUUGAGCUUCGUGUGGACGGAGAAGAACGAACCCUGGACCGGCUGAUUAGCAGCAUUCCAAGCUACAAACUAGCUAAAUAUCUUGCCAAGCAACAUCCAAUUCUUGCCCAAGAACUUGCCGCAAUCCCAUUUGUAGACGUGGGUGUGAUCAACCUACGGUUCAAGAAUCCAGACCUGCUCAAGCAAAAGGCCUUCGGAUUUCUGGUACCCCCGAUCGAAAAACUGCCAAUCCUGGGUUGCAUCUUCGACAGCUGCUGCUUCGACAUGGAGGACAAUACGGUUCUGACCGUAAUGAUGGGCGGAGCUUGGUUCCGGCAGUGGUUCGGAGAAAACCCUAGCGAAGAACAACUGCUGGAAGUGGCGCUGAAACAUGUGAACCAGAUUUUGAACAUCAACCAAAAGCCCGACUCGUACAAGGUGAACAUCUUGCGCCGAUGCAUUCCCCAGUAUGUGGUGGGACAUCAGAAGCGGGUGGACGGAAUCAAGCAGUACAUUCGGGACCACAAAUUGCCGCUGGGACUGUGCGGAGCGUCGUACGAUGGCGUUGGCGUGAAUGAUGUGAUUCUUUCGGCGAGGGUUAGCGUUGAUGAGGUGGUUGGUGCUAAUAAAAAUUGAUUGAAUGAA